AUGUCUGCAGUAGACCAUUUGGAACCUUUCGUCGCAAGCACCACUGUCGUAUGUGUGGAGAAGUUGUUUGCAAGCACUGCACACGUUACAAAGACGUUCAUGUCAGUCCAACAGUUGGGACUACUCACCCCGGCUCCUUUGCGUCGCAGUAUGACAUUGGAGGCACAAGCAUUGUGGCUGCAAAGCCGUCUACUCUCACCUGCGUCUCGUCCAUCGUUCGACCGUGACAAUGAAGAUUUGCAGCUACGUUUGUCAUCAACCAAGCCACACCAACACUUUGAGCUUAGAGACGACAAUUUUAAAGUUCAAUGUGAACAUCUCGAGAUGAAAGAUGAUCACUUUCAAGCAGAGUGUAAUGAUGAAACUUAUCGCACGAAAAAUUACUCGAGUGAAGGAAACAACAACGAAGUAUCGUCGGAUUGGGUCCACCCGUGGCCUCGACCACCUGUGAGUACUAAUGAAGAAGACAGGCUUCGAACUUUGCACGCGUUGAAAAUUCUAGACUUUGAGUCUGAACAGCCUUUUGAUAUAAUUUGUGAUCUCGCCAAAACGCGUUUGUGUUGCCCUAUGGCUGCAGUAAGCUUUUUGGACGAACGCUGUCAAUGGUUUAAAGCAAGUAUUGGACUGGCACACAAAAUGAUCCCGCGCAAGAUUGCAUUUUGCACUUAUGUGGUAUAUGCAAGAGAAUCAGUGGUCGUACUGGACACGCUCCAGGAUGAUCGAUUUAAAAAAAAUCCGCUUGUUGCGGGUGCUGCUGGUAUUCGAUUCUAUGCGGCUGCCCCAAUUAUCGACUUCAAUUCGGGCCACGCAGUCGGGAGUGUUUUCGUUUUGGACACACGCCCACGAGAAGCGUGCGAUGUCUCCAUUCUAGAGCGGCUAGCUUUAGCAGCUAGUGAAAAUCUUUCAAAGAUUGCAACAUCUGAAAUUGUUAAGCAGGUCGAAAUCGAGGAAGACAACAACGUGAUUGAUCAAGCUAAAGAACAAUUGAGUUGUAAAACAGCAGAGAAAGUUGCGAAUAUGGCACAUUGUGCUGGUCAAAACGAGAUCCAAGGCUUUGAUCGAAGAAAGCUCAAGGCACCAAUAUCUCCAGCAACUUCGACUACGACUUCGUCUAUUUCAUCGUUUGCAUCAUCGAAUCAAAUGGCGUUAUCCCCAUCUGAAGGAAAUAAAGUCGAACACAAGCCAAUGAAUAUGACCCAUUUUUCAACGGCAGCAACUGAGCAGAUGGAGGAGCUUCUCAUGCGUCUGCUUACACAAAAUACUGAAACGCAGCAGCAGCUCGCGACGCAGCAAAUUUUAUUGUCUGCAAAAUUGGGGGAGCAUACCGAUCAAAUAAAUAAGCUAAUGUCGGACUUCAACCGGAUAAAGGCGAAGGUUGACGCCAAGGUCGGGGCAACAAUAAUUUAA